GCAGAAAGUCCUGAUUGAGGUGAUAUUAUGUGUGCAAUCAGAAGUUUUUUGGUGUAAUUUUCUCUUAAAGAUGAUUUCCGCUUCAUGGUCAGACACUGCAACAUUAGCACCGAGUGUCUAAUGUUACCCAGCAACUAAAUGAAAACAAGAGUGGUCUUUUACUGUUGCACAUUACGGCAUGUUCCCAUGAUGCAGCCUGAUGAAGUUAGUGAGGGGAGUCUCAGGCAGUGCUGAUGGGAAAUGGCCAUGGAGACGAGACAUGUGAUGAAGGAAAGUAUCAUCUUCAUGUGACCCAUGGCUGAGGAGCGGCUCAUAGGGGAGGACAAACACUCAUUUGUGUUGUGUUCUUCAGUCACUGAGGGGAAUCCACCGGUCAGCCCGUGUAGAUCAGCUUCCUUAUAGAUGAAACCAAGGUGGUCAGGAUGCAGACGAUUAAAACAGUGGAAACCCAAGUUCCCUUUCUCAAAGAGAGUUUCUUCACCACCACUUUCAAAGGCAGGAGGAAGAGCAGCGUCACCAACAUCCUCCGUAAACAGCAGCACUCGCUCCUCUACCAACAGCAGCAGCAGUGCAUUUUCGAGCACCAGCAGCACAGUCUGAAGCAAUUUCUGUCCCCUUCAGCUGAAAAUGGACCGGGGCAACAAACUCCGGAGCAUCAGCGCCUUGCGCGUUCGACCAGCAGCCCGUUAUGCAAGACUGUGGAGCAUGCAGGAGCAGAUGGGGAUAAAAAGGAGGGGCAACGAGAGAGAAAGGAUCAGAGAGCGAGAGAGGCUGUGCAGGGGAGGGGAGGGGAGCAAGGAGUGAGUGGUAGUGAGCCUGAGGCUGUCAGUGCCAGUCUCCUCCUACUUUCAUCAUCAGCAUCAGCAGCACUGAGGGAGGCAGCAUCAUCCUCACAGCUGCCGUUAACUGUGGUGGGCAGACAGCAGGGAUUAGCCGGCUCUGAAAGGCCUCUGACCAACAGAGGACCACCGUCGCUAGCAGCCCAGGAGGAAGCCCAGCAUGUCCAGGCUCGACCUCAGCAGCAUGGCCUGUUAGCCAAGGGUGUUCGCCUGCUCAGGAAUAUGGGGAACCAGGAAACAAAACAGAAGAAAGGAGGAGGAGGAAGUGGAGGUGCAGCAGGAGAUGCUUCCUGUGAUGGUGAGGCUGAUGAGAGAGAGGUGGACAAAAAAUCCAAAAAGUCCCACAGUAAGGUCAACAAAGGAGGUGGAGAACAUAGCAGUAAGAAGAAAUCUAAGUGUGAGUCGAAGGGUUCUGUGUUUUCUGGCAUGAAGAUUAGGAAGAGUUUAUCCAAGGUGAAGGGGUUGUCUAAGGAUGACAGCUUGGAAGAUGGAAGGUCAGCGCAGCCUGGCAAAGCUGAACUCAAGCCUGGAGCAGAGGUGAGCAUGUCAGCGGAUGAGAUGCUUUCAGAUGUUGACAGGGAUAUAAACCAUUUGACCGGAGACGGUCAUCAGUCUGGGGCGGAAGAUGCUGGCCGGAAGACGAGCUCGGGAUCAGAUGCUGACCUCUACAGUUUCCACUCAGCAGCAGCUGAAAAUGAAGACCUGCUCUCUGACAUCCAGCAGGCCAUACGAGACCAAUGUGCAUCCAGUGACAGGGUGCUGAAAAUGGUGACAGGCUUCUCCUCGGAAGAGUCGACCUCUGAGGAAAGCAAAGUUCCUGACACGGUAAUAUCUCACCAGCUGUUUAAUCUGGAUAAGGGACUAUUCUCUCCACCUGUUGGUAGUGAGAGCAUGGCUGAAGAACUAAAUGAUGAGUAUAAGAAAAUGGAGAAAGAAACCAGUAACCUCCCCAUAUCAAGAAAUUCCUCUGGUCCAGGGUCACUGAGUGAGAGUGGUCCACCAUCCUCAGCUGCGGACACUGAGAGAAGCAGUGGCAGCCUCUUCCCAAAGACAAACAGCACCUACAGCUUCCCAGACACCACACCCACCACCACCACCUCAUAUGAGAGUGCCGAGGAGCCCCAGGAUGACCUGGAGAGCCCGGUUCUGCACCUACACCACAGUCAAGAUAAUGGGGCUGAAGAGGGCCUAAACACAUGUGUGCCAUGUGUCAUUUUGGAUCCCAUAUUGGCAGGGACGGGGCCAAUCGGGCCUCACAAGAGGGCAAGCAGCAUGGACCUGUCUGUGGAGAGGGAGGAGGAGGAAGCUGGGAGACGGGACUUUCUGUCUCUGAGUAGGAGAAAGAGUAGCAUGUCUUUUAGCCAGCUGACACCUGACAGCGCCCUUGUUUCUCAGCCUAGACGGACAUCCGCUGCCUCCCCCUCCACUGUCAAACUCUACCCUCCGGUCCACCCCUCCUAUGUUAAGACCACUACCAGGCAGCUCACCUCUCCAGCUGGCUCCCCUCUUACCAGCCCCCAUGUUCCAAGGAAAACAGACCCUAAUGCAUCUUCGUUGGAAUCCAGCAGGGCCCAAGGAUUCAGGAGGCGCAUGCAGAGGUCCUCCUCCAUUGCUGGGCCCCUCAGUGUGUCGGGAGACUGGUCCACUGAGAGUUCCAGGUUCCCAGAGCAGGAAACCCCAGAGAGGAGUUGCUCAGGUGGGGCUUAUUGGACACUGGGAUCCAGGAGAGCACAUUAUGGAAGGCAGAACUCCAAUUCUACAGUUCCUUACCUGGAUGUCUUCUCUGGUCGCUCUCUGUUAGACAGGCUUUGUAUGCAUCAUGGAGAUGGGUCUACAGAGGACGAGGCGAAAGAAUUAUGUCAGCGAAUGCUGGUUCAGGGUCUGCUGCACCCCUUCAGUGACGGCACCACAGAGCUCCAUGGUGACAGCACUGUCUCAGCAGUCUUUAAUGAAGAGCAGCUGUACACCUGGGCAUCUGUAGGCCUUCCUGUGUCUUCCCACCUGUGGGAACUCUACGGGGGGAGAACCAUCAAUAGAGUGCACAGUUUGCGAUCCCCUUUACAUCAGUCGUCAGCCAAGACACCAGGUGCUCCACAAUUUCAGACAGAAUCCAGCAGGUUGAAGUCGGGUCAGUCAUCCUCAGAGGAUGAAAGCUGUCUCAUCCCUCAGCUGGAGAGAACCAUUGAUGACUUGCGGAUUAAGAUCGCUGUGUUGCAGGGCCAGCAGGCCUCCUUGGCAAAGGGCAACAGGAAGAAUAUGGGAGCUCUGGGCAACGGCCACCCCAAUGCCUCACAGAUGAGGGGAGGGAGACUGGCAAAGACGAGCCAGGAGGUGUCCGUUCAGACCUCGCCGGUGGAGGAGGGCUUUAAAUUUGACGUGCCUUUGAAUGGAGGAUCAGGCAGCGUGUCGUCCACCGUUUCAUCCUCUAUCCCCAAAUCUGUGGAGAGCUUCGUCUGCACGUGUCAGCAGAGGCAGCAGAGUGGCAUCCUCCCACCCCCUCCUCCACCUCAAGUCUCUGGAGGUGUGCCCCCACCUCCACCACCACCCCCUUUACCGGGAAGUGUCGCUCCUCCUCCACCACCACCUCCCCCACCAUUACUUGGGCUUGGAUCUUGUCCACCACCACCUCCUCCACCACCAGGUUGUGGACCUCCACCACCACCUCCACUGCCUGGCUUCGGCCCUCCACCCCCACCUCCUCCACCGCCAGGCAUGGGCCCUCCUCCGCCACCCCCACCGCCUGGAAUGGGCCCCCCUCCACCGCCCCCGCCCCCAGGCUUUGGGCCCCCACCACCACCAGGCCCCAUGCCCUCCAUGAUGGUGCAGGAAGCUGCCCCUGCCAAGGCUGCGAUAGAGCCCCCCAAGCCAAUGAAGCCCCUGUACUGGACACGCAUCCAGCUGCAUGCAAAAAAACAAACUGCCACACUGGUGUGGGAGCAAAUCGAGGAACCAGCCGUGGAUUUUGAAGAAUUCGUGGAACUCUUCUCCAAAAGCGCCGUUAAGGAAAAGAAGAAGCCAAUUUCAGACACAAUCAGCAAAUCAAAGGCCAAGCAGGUUGUGAAGCUCUUGAGCAACAAGCGUUCGCAGGCUGUCGGUAUCCUGAUGUCCAGCAUUCACCUUGAUAUGAAAGACAUUCAGAAUGCCGUCCUAAAUAUGGACAACACUGUUGUUGAUCUGGAGACUCUGCAUGCCCUUUAUGAAAAUAGAGCUCAAGGCGAUGAGAUGGACAGCAUUACAAAGCACAUUAAAUCAGCCAAAGACAAGGAGGACGCCAAGCCGCUGGACAAGCCAGAGCAGUUUCUAUACCAGAUAUCUCAAAUCUCCAAUUUCUCUGAGCGGGUGUUCUGCAUCCUGUUUCAGUCAACUUUCCACGAAUGUAUCACCUCAAUCCUCCGCAAAAUAGAAAUCCUUCAAAGAGUGUGCAAGACUCUGCAGAGCAGUAAGUGCGUAUUGCAGGUGCUCGGCCUGGUGCUGGCUUUUGGCAACUUCAUGAACGGAGGUAAUCGGUCUCGAGGGCAGGCCGACGGCUUCACCUUGGACAUUCUGCCAAAACUGAAGGACGUUAAAAGCAGCGAUAACUCCCAGAGUCUUUUGUCCUACAUUGUUGCUUACUAUCUAAGGCACUUUGAUGAGGAUGCUGGCAGAGAGACGUGUGUCUACCCUCUACCUGAGCCUCAGGACCUUUUCCAGGCCUCCCAGAUGAAGUUUGACGAUUUUCAAAGAGAUCUCCGCAAGUUGAGGAAAGACCUCAAUGCAUGCUCAGCUGAGACAGAAAAAGUUUGCAAAUUGUCGUCUGAAGAGAACCUGCAACCCUUCAAGGACAAGAUGGACGAAUUUCUCAGUCAAGCCAAAACCGAAUUGGAAACGCAGGAGAAGCAGCUGGCGGACACUCAGAAGAUCUUCAUGGAGCUGAGUGUGUCCUUCUCGGUUAAACCCAAGGCAGGAGAGAAAGAAGUCUCUCCCAGCACACUCUUCUCCAUUUGGCACGAGUUCUCCACAGAUUUUAAAGACCAGUGGAAGAAGCACAAUAAGCUGAUGUUACAGGAACGGGUGAAAAUGGCUGAAGAGUCCUUUAAACAGGCCAGGCAGAAGCCUUCCUAUAAUGUGACACCCAAACAUGCAACUGGAAUAAAAGCAAAGCUGGGUAAGAAGAUCUGAAGCACAGAAUGGAAAAUUAUCAUCACCAAGCCUGUUGCACAAGUGCUGUUUGUACAAUCUGACGUGGCUCAUCCGUCAUUUUUAACGUUUAUUCGAGUCCAGUAUUUGUUUUCAAUUGGUUUGGAGCUGUUGUUGGUUAUGAGUUGGUUCAAAGUGGAUAUUAUAUUGUUUAAAAGUGGAAUGAGCCAUUUCAUCCUCAGCCACCCCUUGAUAGCACUUGCAUAAUUAAAUGAAAUAUUGCUACCAGAAGACAUCCUUAAGCUGAGAUGAUUAAAUGUAGAUUAGCUGUUUUCCAGAAAGUCCUCAUUGGACUUUUGUAGCACUAUAGCCAAGAUUUUCCCUAUUUUCUAAGCUAUAUGUGUAGCCUGUUUUCUUUUUCAGUGCAAUUCCCGAGCCAUUUUUUUUUAGGAAGGCAUGAACACGUUUCUCUUUACAUCUCCCUUAAUGGCAAAAAGCACCAAAUUUUUUACAGUGUUUCUAUGUGGAUCUCCUGCCAGACAGUAAGUGCCUUAUUGCACAGUGGAGGGGUUAAAUGAGCAGAACAGAGCUGAUUUUUGAGACAUAUCAUCUGUAAUUAAGACACUUAAUCUGUUGAAAUAAAAUGACAGAUUUAGUUUCUUAAUAAUUUCAUCAAAUCUGGUUUGGAACCUAUUGAUAAUUGUACAAAUGUAUUCCACGUAUUCCUAAAUGUUGUGACCUGAUAAAUUCCUACAAUCCUGAGCAGUUAGAGUAUAAACUCCAAUAUCCUAAAGGAGCAAUAAGAUGAUGUGAUUUUCAUGUGCAAUACCAACAAUAUAUUUUGACUGAAUACCCAUGAAAAAAAUAUAUUUAUUGAAUAAAAGAAAUUAACUUAA